AUGCCUCCCGAUAUCGAUCGAGCGCACUCGCAAAGCUCGAGUGCUAUGUCACAACCCCCCCAGAUGGGGUCGCAGAGUCGUCCGGGCACGGCAGACCCGAUGCGAUCGCGAUCCAACACUGCCGUCUCGAAGGGAGGUCGCCGUCCUAGAUCCAGAGGUUCGACGGCAAGCAUACAUUCCAGCACCACGCAGCAGACACAGGAUCAACAUAUCGGCGAAGGGUUCUCUCCAUUCAUGACCUCGCAAGCUGGACCAGGUCAUCAUGUAUUCAACACGAAUCCAGAGGAGAUGAUCAUGCGUUUUGGGCAGCAGCUGGCCCAUCCGACUAGCGGAGGCUCCCUUGAUCCAACAUUACAUGAAACUCACGGCAAUGUAAUGCCUCGAGCAGAGGACUUCCAGGGCCAUUCAUUGCCAAACCACGGCUUACCCCACACUUCUUUGGCUCCUGAAAUGGUGCCUCAUGGGCUGCAGGGCAUGCCUGUGCCGCAGUAUCCCUCCAUGUAUGAUAACUCCAUCCCAGAGCACAUACCGGAGCGCGUGGUCGAUGAAAAUGAGAACUCGGAAGCCGGUGCUCGAAAGAAACGGGGAUCGACCUCAACCGUUGCAAAUGACAAUGAAUUGCGUAAGCUGCUGCGUCAGUACGAGGGUUAUACGUUGAAGCAGAUGGCAGCAGAGGUUCAGAAACACGAAGGCGCGGGGGGAAAGUCAGAGAAAGUCAAGCAGGUUUUUGCCAUGCUUUGCGGGUCUGUUCGAAGGGACCGCGUGUACUGCUGUUAUGCAGAGAGGUGUGGGAGCGAGCAUGUCUCUGUCCUUAAUCCUGCUUCCUUCGGAAAGCUUGUUCGCAUAAUUUUCCCUAACGUUCAGACUCGGCGACUUGGUGUCCGUGGGGAGUCGAAAUACCACUACGUCGAUCUCACAGUCAUCGAAGACAAACAGCAAACAUUUUCUUCGAAUACUCAGGAUCAGUCAAAUGUGAAUGGACCAUCUGGUACUGAUGGCAAAGCAAUUGAACCUGCAAUUCGCCCGAGAAGUGUAAGCAUUUCACAACCUCCUGCGGAUACAGCAGUUUUCCCAUCGCCAACCACAUCCUUCACACCGAAGUUCCCUGUUGUCGCCUCAAACACAGGCUGCACAUGCGAUUCUCAGUUCCGAUCGAAUUUCAACUCGACGAUAACUCUCGAGAAUGUCGCCAGCCAGACAGGACGGCUGAUCCGCCAGAUGCUCCAUUUUCCUUCUUCGAACGAGACUUCUGUCGAUAAUGAGUCACUAAAACUGCCAGAUAUCCGCGGUUAUCUUCCAGCAAAUACUGAUCUGAAGGUUGCGGACGCGCUGGCAACACUCUAUCGCACACACUGCAUCUCUGUCAUCGACAGUUUCCGGUUCUGCAAGGAGCGGAAUCUUUUUCGGCAUUUUUCGGCUUUCCAUGGUACCUUGACCGUCCCCGUACAGAAACUUCUCACGCAUCCCAACCUUGCACCUUGGAUAAAGGAAUGCGACUGGCUUAUGUACCAGAAAAUGAUUGAAUUCGUGGCGCCACUUACCACGCAAGUGGUACCAAGACCAGUGCUUGACGCUUUUGGUUCUAUCUCACAACGGCUUACUGGACACAUCGCAGAAACAUUCAAGUCUCAUCCAGUGCAUGUAACUUUGGCAAGGCUGGCACCGGCGCAUAUUUUCUGCAACCUUCUGAAACAUGUACUGGAUGUCAAUCAAUCUGCUAUCGCGGCAGCUGCAUGGCUUUGUCACUCUGACAAUCGCAACCAAAUGUGGCUCGAUUUCGCCACGUUUGUGGACCCCAAAGAGAUGAUUUCUAGAGCAAACAUUCCGGCCUGUGCAGAAAAAGCCACUGAACAGAUCUUGAAACAUGACGUUCGAGCUCUCCUUACACCCUUGGACAACCACAAUCCGCCUUCCGUGCAGUCAUUCUUUCAGCAGCCUGAUGAGGAUUCGAAGGCCCACAAAUACGCCGUAGAACCCACCGUUGGUGAUGAAUACAGUUUUCCCGACAAAUGGAUUUCGUUCAUUCUGAACCUUCCUAACAUAUUCCCCAACCAUCCUGCCCAAUGCAUUGUUGACACGGUGGACAAAUUGUGGGACUGCAUCCUGCAUCGACUGACACUAGCCGGGGCCCAGAGCUUCAGCGCAUGGUGGAUAACCAAGGUCUUUUUUCAUGAGAUGAUGUUGUGGCAGGUCGAAAAGGGUGGAUUUAUGAAACAUACUCCUAGUUCUUUGCAGAAUACGCUGGCGACGUCGGCAUCGACAGGGCGCGGGAAUCAACUCGUGAGGCAGCCAAGCUACUCGAUGCCCGGGAAAAAUGAAUCUUUGAAUACGUCCGGAAAUCAGACAAACGAUUCCAGGCCCGAGACAGCUGGCAGCAAUGUGUCAGGAAAUGCUGGACAUUCCACGGAAGGGAAUUCGAAUCCCAGCAACGCAGUGAACGACAAGUCCGUGACGCUAUCUGAGAGUAUGGGCAGUCUUAAUGCUACGAACAAUGAUGAUAGUGCUAUUGACCUAGAUGACGACUCGAUGCUGAUGUCUGUCGGCAAAUACGGUGAUAUGAUGGCAUCCGACACGGCCGAUGCUGACGGAGAUGUUGUCGUCAUAUAA